GAAGAAAGUAGCUGCUAAGGAAAUAGGAGCAUGGUGCUUUGUUUAUACGUCGGCGUAUAUGUGUAAUUUGUUGUAUAAAUCUGAUUUGAGCAUGAUACAGGAAAAUUAGUCUGUCUGGAGAAUAGAGUUUAAAUCCCAGCUGGCUAAUGUUCGAGUCGCUGUCUCGGGAAGCUUAGCAUCAGAGCUAGCUAGUGAGUAUUACUGUAGCUAGUUAGCUAGCUAGCCAAGGACCCAAUGCUAGCUCGCCGAAGCCGUAUUUUCUAUUCUAAUAUCAUCCUGACAGCUAUCUAGCACGCUAACGUUUGCACUACACGGAAUACACAUACUUUUCGAAAAUACCUAGCUAACGUUAAUUGUGGCUAGCUAGCUACGUGGGCUCAUGUGUUCCAUGCUAAGCUAGUACUAAACGAACUAGAUGAUAUCAAACAGAUGGCUAGCUAGCUUCUUUGUUUGUGACUAGAAUGGUUUCCCACUAUUUCAGACAUACCAGCUGCUUUGUUAACAUAAGUCAAUUUUAUUUUUGUCCAGGUAUCACAAUACUGCUUCAAUUGAUGUCAUGACAAUUGGGUCAGAAUGACAUUUGAUUAAAACAAAUAUUUGACCCUAAUCUUACACAGCAGUGAAGGCCUUCAUGUCCUGUUGAAGGGAGUGGGACGUCAACCGUUUUAGUCCAAGAACAAACCCAGCUCCAGCUGAGGAAGAUUCCCCUCCAAGAUGUCGGACAUGAUGUUAAACCUGGACUGUUCUGGCAGCAGUGGACCCUGUAAAGACUCAUCGGGAAGCAACAAACACAAGGCAUUCAUCAAAAGGCGGCGACUCUUGGAGAAAAAGGGUUACCUCAACAAGAAGCAGAACCAGCACAAUCACAGACAGGGGAAUAAACAUCAGGGGCCACCUCCCUGGCACAAUGGGGCCAAUUGGCCAUCUCAACCCAAUGCUGCACACAACAAAACCUCUGCUCACACGCAGAAUACUCACAGUAAAACUUCAUAUCACAUACCCAGUUCAGAGCAUGCCAGAAACUUCACUUCCAAGCCUGCAUCAUCCACAAGCAGCUCAACAUCCUUGACCAUCACUGUGAAUAAUUCCACCAAUCCUGAGCAAUCCACUUCGACUACCACCCCGGGGCACCAACCCCCACCUCCCAGGACCGUUGCCCACUGCGCCCCUGUCCCAGGUGGGUCAGCCCCCCUUUGUAACCCCCUGAAGUACCUUGCCAUGGACUGUGAGAUGGUCGGCACAGGCCCCAAGGGUCGCAACAGUGAGCUGGCACGAUGCAGUAUUGUCUCCUAUGACGGAGAUGUGGUGUAUGACAGGUACAUCAAGCCCACCAACCCAGUCACUGACUACCGGACCCGUUGGAGUGGCAUCUCCUGGCAUCAACUGGUCAAAGCCAUGCCAUUUCAACAUGCCAGGAAGGAGGUAAGAAGGCUCCCGGAGGAGAAUGUUCGAAGGACGAGGAACAUUUAUCCAUUUAACCUUUUUCAAUCGAAAAGGACCCAAGAGCAUAUCAAAUUGGGUAUCAAAUGAAAGCUAAGAGUCUAUAUUUUGGGGAAAUUAAGGCAUAUAUACAUUUCUCAACCAUUUUUCCAUCUUAAAAAUGUGGUAUUAGCAAAGGCUUUGAUUUCUGGAUAAACAGAUGGAAAAGGGGUCUUUGAAAACAUAUACCAGAAAGUCUGAAAAGGUAUCAGAAAUACAUCAAAACACAGUAAUGUUAAAGUAAAGACCCCUGCCAACUAAUAUCAACACUUAUAUUUAGUUUUGGGUAAAUUGUUUACCUUCUGUAAGUUUAAGAGAUAUUGACUUGUGCCUUGUAAUUCCACUACCAAAAGCCCACAUCUUUAAAAUAUUUUUUUACUUCUCUCCCUCAUGAGGAUAAUGAAAGUUCACCGAAGUAACAAGUAGUGGUUGACCUACCAAUAAGUUAUAGUGAUUUUACUGAUAUCAAUUAUUCAGUUAUUCAAACUUGUAAUUCUGUUACCAAAUGGCUAACGGAAUUACCAAAAUAAUCAGUUACGGAAUUACCUCAACUGAGUUGGCUACAAUUGGAAAUCAUAAUAGUCACAAACCACAGUUGGGUUACCUGCUACUGUCCUCCCAUCCACUGGCAUACUGUUAUGUUCAGCUCAUAACUGUUUUCUUUCUGUUGAUUGGUGGUCAAAUCAAGAGUGUUAAAACAGUCUGGACAAGUCUCUCUCUCUCUAUGGAUCUGUGCCAAUUCACUUCGAACUGGACUGUUUUUACAGCAUGAGCGGUUGUGAGUAGAUGCGCUUGUUUUGAGAUCAAAGCGAGAGCUACAUGUAGGGACGUGUACAUUUGUUCAGAUCCUUUGCUAGUUAGUGAGUUAUUAGCCCAGUUAUAUAUAAUUUGUAAUCAGCAAUGGGGGAUUGAUUGCGUCCUACAAGAGCUCAAAACGUGUGCAUUUCUAGACAUCUUUGAAAAGCGAGUCAGGUAAAGAGCUUUUUUUUUGUCUUAAAGGGGCAGUGUUGUAUUUUGAGACAGGCUUGAAUAAGCAAAGUAGCCAAUAGGCAGAGGGUAGAAUAAUUUGUCUGAUUCUCUGUAAUAAUUUGAUGGGAAUAAUGAUGCAUUUUAUUUUGUAACGUGGUUUCUUGCAUCAAACACCACAACAUUUUCAGUCACCUCCUUGUCUGAAGGACAAGUGGAUAAACAGGUUAAUGUCAAGUCCUGCAUGUUUUUUUUUCAAAAGUCUCAUGUAAUGUAGGCCUACGUUGAACACCACACAUUGGCUGCUACUGUAGGCUGAACGAUAGAACAGCUAUUUCCAUGUUAAAAUGUUAUGGGAUGCAUUUUUGCCAUUGUUUUUUGAUGGAAGGCCAUUCUGGUAGGCAUACAUUAUGAUCUAAUAGCCACAGUAGCCUACUUGGCCACUGUUAAAACUAACUUAAAGCGUGUACAGCCUCAGUGUUCACAGUAAACGCGCCGGAAGUUACACAGAAUUUUCACAAUGUUCAAGUUUGUGCUCAGCAGACCUGAAAUUUGCUCAGUGAUGAAAACAUUUUGAGGGAACAUUGGUUGUAUGGUUUGUUAAAUUUUGAAAUCAAUGGUUUUUGUUUGGCAUACAUAUUCAAGUGAAAAAACUGAGUCAAAGCGUAAAUCCGUUACCGUGGAAUUGCCCCUUAACCUAUUGUAUUUGGACCGUCGCUUUAAAAUCAAUUCAAAUUUUAUUUGUCACAUGCGCCGAAUUCAACCGGUGUAGACCUUACUGUGAAAUGCUUACUUACAAGCCCUUAACCAACAAUGCAGUUCAAUAAAUAUAGUUAAGAAAAUAUUUACUAAAUAAAAUUGUUUUACUCUGAACAUGACUAUGAUAUAAUUUGAUCUCUUAUUUGUAUUUCCUCCUAUAGAUACUGAAGAUCCUUGCAGGGAAGGUGGUAAUAGGGCAUGCUGUCCACAAUGACUUCAAGUCCCUGAGUUACAGUCACCCUUCUGUCUUAACGCGGGACACCUCCCGCAUCCCUCUCCUCAACCAGAAGGCUGGCUUUCCAGAGAAAGAUGUUGCCUCACUGAAAAGACUCACCAAGGCCCUGUUCAACCGCAACAUCCAGGUGAGAAGAGACUUCUGAUUGAAAGGGGAUUGAUUUGAAUAUAGUCUGCAGUGAUUGUCGAGGUUGUUAUUGUUUUUAGUCUCAACAAAAGUAGUAAGCUAAUAAACCUCUAAUAAACCUGUUAUUGUGUAGGUUAUGUUAUUUUGUAGUUAAAAGGAAUUAUCCUUGUGUUCUCAGACUGGGAAGAAGGGGCACUCGUCUGUGGAGGAUGCCAAAGCCACCAUGGAACUGUACAAAGUUGUGGAGGUGGAGUGGGAGAGGACCUUAGCCUCCAAAUGUCAAAGCCAGUGAAAGUGGUGAAAGGGUUGAGAGGUGGUGUGGAUGUAUCAGGUUUCACAUAAUUUGAACAUUCAGAAAUCACUAUCGGGUCUUCCACUUCUCACCUCAGCUACUUCUGUCUCUUUUUCUACUUC